UCGAAUGCGCAAAAACUUUCUAUUCAAUGUUCUUUUGAUAAACGCGUUUUUUCCGGUUUAAUACGAUCGUUUAUUCGGCGGAAAACACAUCCGUGUGACUCGAACCGUUAAACAUUGUUAUAGAACAUUUACACACACACCACACACGAUACAUGAUCGAAGUGAACACAGCAAACAGUUUAAUACUUUCUGUAGAGCAUGGGUCGCACUAAAGGAAUGGCGAAACAAAAAAGAGAGAGCGUGGCUAGGAGACGGAUGAUAGCGGACCGUGGAGCCGCUCCGAGUCAAUUCAAGGCGAACAAAACGAACCUAAAGGGUCGAUUCAAAAAUUCCAAUGCCAUCCCAAUGUAUAAGUGGAACCACCAUUUACAAACCGGUUUCGUGCAACAAUCUCCUGCUGGAUCGGUAAAUCGCACUAGAAGAACCAACCGCAAUGUAGCUUCGAUGAGUGCGACCAUCGUGAUCGACGAUUCGGAUGAAGAGAAUGAAUCGAACGCAACCCCAUCGCCGAACGCCGGCUUUGCUGAUGCUGGGGUUCCGUUGUUCUACGAAGAUCGUAAUCCUGGGAUAAGCGUCAAGGAGAUACCGCUGUACAGCACCCGGCCGGACGAAGACGAGUCGGGUGACCUAUACACAACUACGGCAAACGAAAGCGUCAUCGUGCUGGAUAGCACUAUGGAAAGUAUGUGCCUCUCUGAACAGGUCGUAAAUGAGACAACAGCACCCCGGGUGGCAACUAGAGCCGAAGAGGAGCCCACAUCAUCCGCCGAACCCCCAUCAUCUACUCAGGGACCCGAAGUGAUCGAUUUAAGCGAUGAGUCUGACUCCGAAGCGCACAGCGCCCCAGUGCCUCAGUCGCUGGGUCAAAAACCAUUAGACUGCAUACCUCUUGGGUACGAUGUGGGCCCCUCAAAGGUCCUGGCCCCUACACCGCCUCGUAAAGUGAAACCUACCAAGGCCAAGGUGAAACAGGCGAACCCCGAACCAGUGCCAAUGGUCCAAAAGACCAAAAAACGAAUGAUUGUGAUAGACGGCAACAACGUUGCUUAUGGCCAUUUGAACGGCAAAAUGUUUUCCGUUAAAGGGCUCCACCUAUGUAUAAAAUACUUCCAAAAGCUCGGCCACGAGGUAAUGGCCGUUGUGCCUCAAUACAAGUUGAAGAGAUCGCAGAGCACUGACUAUGCGCUGUUGGAACGGCUUCGCGACAACGGGGAAGUGAUCCUGGCGCCCAGCAAAUCGCUUCCGGGCCAAUGUUCCUCGACAUACGAUGAUCGGUUGAUACUCUCCGUGGCGGAACAGUUUGACGGAGCGAUCGUGUCGAACGACAACUUUCGCGAUCUGCUCGACGUAUGCCCCGCGUGGCGGCAUAUCAUUGCCACUCGCGUGAUUGGGUACACGUGGGUAAAAGACUGCUUCUUUCUUCCCGACGAUCCGUACGGCCGCCAGGGACCGUCACUACAAGCGAUCCUGAACGGUGGAAGCGUGAAGUGAACGAGCUCGGUU